CCCCCCCCUUUCGUCCUCGCUUGCCCUCCCACACCACAUCGCAUUUGCGCACAAUGACGACCUGCGAGACCUGUCGGUUACAUGCGCGCAUGCUCGUCCGGUCCGCCGUCCGCGCGGGCGCGCCACGAGCUCCCGCGAGGACCGCGGCGCCGGCGGCCCACGCCCUGGCCCGAACGCCGACGACGACGACACAAACGAGAGCCAGCAGCAGCGGCGGCGGCAGCGGCAGCAGAACGACGUCCACGUUUGUGACGUCGACGACGAGAGCGCCCGCUCGAUGGUUCAGCAGCACGGGCGCGCGGCGGAUCCUGGGCAUGGGCGGCCUGGCUGAGUCGUACCGCGUGCUGGGAGCCUCAGAGCGCCUGUACAAGGCGUGCUCCAAGGCGGCCGACUACCACAUCACCGAGGAGGAGCGCAAGAAUGAGCAGGUGGAGAAGCUCGAGGACGGCGAGGAGUUGGGGCAUCCCGUCGACGCGACCAAUGUGUGGCACAAGACCUUCAAGCUGCAGCCCAGCUUCAGCACGUGGUCGCACGUCACGAUGCUGCAGCUCUACCUAGUCAACGCGCGGCUACGGAUGCUGGAGCGCGACGCCUACCGCAACUGGCAGCAGCAGCUGGUGGACCACUUCUUCUUCGAGUGCGAGAAGAAGAUGCACCUCGACCACGGCAUCACGUCGGCGGCGCUGCGCCAGCGCUACCUCAAGGACAUCUUCGUGCAGUGGCGCGGCUUGCUGCUCGCCUACGACGAGGGCCUCAUCAAGGGCGACGCCGUCCUCGCCAGCGCCGUCUGGCGCAACCUCUUCAAGGGCGACCCGGCCGCCGACCCCCGCGCCCUGCUCGCCAUCGUCGGCUGGAUGCGCUCCAGCCUCGCCGCCCUCGAGGCCGCGUCCGACAUGACCUUUGUGCAGCGCGCGCAGGACAUUCUGGCCAAGCCCGUCGACGUGUUCUGGACGAGGCUCGAGGAGCCGUUUAAGCGGGCCGGCGCAGGCGCAGGCGCGGAUGAGCAGGCGGAGGCGGGACAGCAGAAGGAGCAGCAGCAACAGCAGCAGCAGCAGCAGCAGUCGGGCUCAGCGGGCUCCGCCGCCGCAUAGACUGGCUACUUGUGAACAUAAAACAUUGUCGCCUUGCAUAAUCCGAAAAAGGAAGGGAGGGGAGGGAGCGAAAUGUAACAUUGUCAACGAAAAUGGGGUGUCAUGAGAAGCAUUGGAUGCUAUAUCACUUUGUAAAUCUUGGGCCAGUCGAUGCCAACUUUGGGACACCAGAAUAGGGUGCCCCUGUCUAUCCACACACAUACAAAUCCCGAGUUCGUGCUUCUUUACCGCCGG